CACAGAGAACAAAUCAACGUUGAAUAGUAAAAUAGUAAUAUUAGUAGUAAUUAAAUAAACAAUAAUGGGUGCACAUUUUGCAGUUUCUACAAUUCUCGUUCUCUGUUUGUUGGGAAUUUCAGCCAAUGCUGAGGUAUUCACCAUUGGUUCUUCAUCGGGUUCUGAUAUUACUCAGGCACUUUUGAAAGCAUUCACAUCGGCAUGCCAAUCUACGUCACCAAGCAAAGUGGUGAUCCCAAAAGGAGAGUUCAAGCUUGGUGAGAUCGAGAUGAGGGGUCCAUGCAAGGCUCCAGUCGAGAUCACCCUUCAAGGCACUGUCAAAGCUGACGGUAACACCAACCACGGAAAGGACAAAUGGGUCGUCUUUGGCAACAUCAAUGGGUUCAAGUUGAACGGAGGUGGAGCCUUCGACGGUGAAGGAAACGCAGCUUGGAGGGUCAACAACUGCCACAAGACUUUCGAGUGCAAGAAACUUCCCAUCAGUGUAAGGUUUGAUUUCGUGGAGAACGCUGAGAUCAAAGACAUAUCCUCGAUCGAUGCCAAGAACUUCCACAUAAACGUGCUCGGAGCCAAGAACAUGACCAUGGAUAACAUCAAGAUCACCGCUCCAGAAGACAGUCCCAACACAGACGGGAUCCAUUUGGGAAGAAGUGACGGAGUCAAGAUCCUUAACUCCUUCAUCUCCACCGGAGACGACUGCAUCUCUGUCGGAGACGGCAUGAAGAACCUUCACGUGGAGAAAGUCGUGUGCGGUCCAGGACACGGAAUCAGUGUCGGAAGCCUUGGAAGGUACGGACACGAGGAAGAUGUGAGCGGCAUUAGAGUCGUGAACUGCACCCUCCAAGAGACUGACAAUGGUUUGAGGAUCAAGACAUGGCCAUCUGCUGCUUGCUCCACCACAGCCUCCGAUAUUCAUUUUGAGGAUAUCAUUGUCAAGAACGUUAGCAACCCAAUCCUCAUCGACCAAGAGUACUGCCCUUGGAACCAAUGCAACAAGCAGAAAGCAUCAACGAUCAAGCUGGUGAACAUAAGCUUCAAGAACAUCAGAGGAACAUCAGGGAACAAGGAUGCAGUGAAGCUGUUGUGCAGCAAGGGAUAUCCUUGCCAGAAGGUGGAGAUUGGAGACAUUGAUAUCGCGUACAGUGGAGCGGAUGGUCCAGCCACUUUCCAGUGCUCAAACGUUAGUCCACAACUCUUGGGAUCUCAGAGCCCUAAAGCUUGCAGCGGUCCCGUGACCACCACACCCCAACAAUGAAGUAGAAGCUCUCAACACUAUUAAGCGCACCCAUUCAAUAUUGUUUGUUUUCCAAUACACAAGUUAACUAUGGUCUAUGAUGUAUGCUCGCAUUCUAUCUAAUUCCACAAUGGAUGCAUCCAUUAUG